AUGUACACUGCGCUGCGCCGCCCGCCUUCAACAGGGCUUAACGGCGCUGGCGCCCCUGCCACCGCCGCUGCUGCUGCUGCCACUCCUGCCACGACUUCUUCUACUACUGUGGCGGCAGCCGGUUCCGCUGCUGGUGUUGGUGGGGGUGACGGCGGCGGCGGCGGCGGUGGUGGUAGGCGUGGCGCCGUAAAGAGUCCGAUGCCGGAGGUCGCCAAUGGUGGGUACGUGCCCUUGUCGUCCAACGUCAUGGUGGGCGCCACUGACGCGGGUGACGAGGAGGUAAAGCAGCUGCUGAAGGAGCUCGAGUGUUCGAUGGGCGGCCCGCACGCAGAGGCGGUAAUGCGUGAUGCGGUGUGGGCCAUUGAGCGUCGCGCCCUCGCGAGCUGUGACCCACUGAGCCGAGACCUCCUCCUCGAGCAAAGCAUUCGCGAUGCCCUUUCCGAGCUCUCGCGGUCUUCGAAUCCCAAACUUCUCUUGCUCGCCGUAGACUUCAUCGACGCCCUCCUCGUGGUGCCGUACACCAAUCCGCAGCAGAAGUUCACACGUCUGUGCCGCAGUCUCUUCAUUGUGCUUCACUGUGGAAUAGAGAAGCCCGCAAAGGAGGCAAAGCGUGUACUGAAGCGUAUGCUCGCGAUGGAUCUUCACUUCAGUCCCUUCGACCCCCCACUCAAGUCCUUCAUCACAAAGGAGCUGAAGGACAAUUGUGAGCUCGCCCUCAUCCAGCUUCAUGGUCGCGCGCAGCAAACGAAGGCGCCAUUCGUGGCGCAGUUCCUUGCUGUCAUGCUCGCGCUCGAUGCGACUGCAGAGGUGAACCCGCGCUACAUGUCUGGACAGCUGCGCCCGCACGCGGUGCAGCUUGCGACAGCACUUGCAGGCUCCUCCGAUGAAGUGCUGCGCCGCGCCGCGUACGACUGUUUGGUGGCGAUAUUUAGUCACACGAGUGCUAUGCGGCACAAAGAGGUGCUGCUGGAGAGCCGGCGCGUUUUGGAUGACGCGAUUCGCUCCCUCAACACAAGUCACAACAACGAGAGUAGUAUCAUCUCUACCAUGCAGUCGCUGCGCGCGCUCAUUAUUAGCCGCGGUGUGCAUUGCAUGGAGAAGCAGGUGCAGAUUUUACCGCAGUUGUGUGUACUCGUGACGGAGCAGCACCGUGUCUCCAAGUCUCAGGCGGUGCGGAUUGCAGUCUGUAAUCUCGUUCCGGUGAUUGCGGAGACCGACAUUCUCUCAGCGGCGCGGCGUACCACGUACUGUGCCAUCAUCAUGGAACCCGUCAAGAAUGUUCGUGAUGAAAAGAAUAAGGAUUUGGAGCUGCACAACGUUGCCACAUUCAUCAAAAAUGUUGGCUACGAGGUUUUGGAUCCCACUAAUCGAACGAACCUUGAUUCCAUCCUGUUGCGCUACAUCACACGGCGGGAGACGCAAGAAGAGUGCUGGCAUCUCUUGGCGGCUAUCUGCAGUAACCCGACUCGGGCAAGCUGGCGGCGGGGGCAGAUGGGAAAUCGAUCAACAUGGUCUAUUGCUAGCUUCUCGGCAAGUAGGGGCGAGGUACCGCUGCCAGUAGAGAGUAGUCCGUCCAAUCAGAACUCUCCUUGGGUCGAGAGCGUAGCGCCGAAUUCGAUAACCAAUGGAAUAUCCAGUGGUGCUAACAAGCAGCAGGUGCUCAUGCAGCACAUGGAUACUUUGGUGCGCCGCUGCAUUCCGCACUUAGCAAAUGCCGUGCUUUCUGCGGAGCUCGUCCAGUACGUGGGGUUAGUGGGGGAGCAUAUUCCCUCCGUGAGCGCGGAGCUUCAAGCUGCCCUUGAAACCCUUGUCGACCGCAAACUAAAGGACGAAGUUCGAGACCCCAAGAGAACAGAGGGGGAAUCCGGUGUGACGCAUUCGUUACGCGAGGGAUACGGCUCUUCCAUGGUGGGCACAUCCCAGUUGGGGCUGCAGCAAGACACAGCGCAGGCUUCAACCUUCAGCGGUGCCAACAGCGCGGUGGGACGGCUGGCGCAGUACUUCCUUCCGCCAGCUUCGGCUGAAGCGGGCAAUGGCAACAACACUAGCCGCAUCGCUUCGAAUGGUGGUGGAAAUGGCGCUGGCAGCGGUGUGGUCCUUUCUGAAAUAUCUGCACGAAGUGCCGGAACGGCGCUGCAGCCAAAUUUGGGGAAUAAUUCGAUGUCUAAUGGGACAACAAUGAUGGCAGCAGCAGCAGCCGGGGUGGGGGCGGGAGGAAGUGGCAUGUCACCACCACAGCCGGUGGGGGCGUCGGAACUGAAGAUUGCCCUCGAAGUGUUUGGGAAGCGGCAGAUCACAUCUGUUCAGCAGCUAGAGGAGGUGCGGGGCUCCAUCAUACACUACCAGCGUCACCCAGACGCGCAGGUGCGGCAGCAGUGCAGUACUUGUGUCGUGGAAGCACUCAGCCGCUGGACGUUGUACGCGAAGCAGCACCGCACCUCUACUUACUCCACCCGCGUCACAGAGAUCCUGGAGCUCUACCUUAAGCACGUGGUGAUGGAGUUGGACCCAAAGGUACGGCUUAUGGAAGUCACGCUGCUCGCAGACGCCGUGGAGCUGCGUUCAUUUCUGUUGGAGCAGCGGAUUCUUAAGACACUCAUGAGUUUCUUGCAUGACACCUCCCAUGUGCGUGAGAAAACGAUGGAACUCCUCAUCGCGCUGACGCAGGAACCACGCUCGGGACCCUCAGCGGAGUCACUACAGCGAAGCCUGUUGGUUGUUGUAGAGUCGUGCGUGGUGGCAUUGGAGUACUCCACUGACCCACGUAUACUCAUCCGUCACAUGUCUGAUUUGCAGACGCUCGCCAAGUUCAGCCUGGAGCCGCUGAUGGCGCACCUGCACCGCACCUUCAUUGCGUUUCGCAAGCAACUGGCUGAAGAGGUAAUGGCCGACGCUAUUGCGUUAUCGAUCCUCAAAGCCCUCUCAACUAUACUCGCCGCCUUUGCGAAUAACCGAGAGGUUAUGCUUCAGUACCAGGAAGAUGUGGUGGAGCUCUAUAUGCCAGUGGUGGGUAUUCUCCGCUCGAGCACAUCGACCUCGCUGAGUCAUGCCGCCAUUGGCGUGCUGGUGAAGAUGCACAUUAUAGGUGCCUCUCCGCAGGAGUGGAAUGCGCCACAGGUGCAUGAUCUGCUGCAGUCCAUCACAGCCGUCUACAUUGGUGCCACCAACAGCACGGAGGAGGAGCUGGAGCAGGUGCUUACGCUUUUUGGUCAACUAGGCGCUGUUGAUCCAUCUACAAAGCCUGAAGCUGUUGCAAAGAAGAAGGACGAUGAAGCGGCUAUUCAGGAUGAUGCCGAUUUGGAGUUGACGUACGACUACACUGUGAUCGUGUACCGUGAUUUAAGCCGUAUGAUAGACCUUAGUCUCUCUGAGACGGUAUGCAGGCAGGCUAUGCACACUCUGCUGCACCUUGUGCAAACCACAUCAGACAAGAAGGAACUUAUUGGUGGAGCCCACGCGGUGAAGGCAGUGCUGCAGAUUGUGAAGCGGGCAAACGACACUCCAUCGCUACGGAUAGAAGCCCUGCAUAUUAUGGCUGCCAUUACCUCCCUUCGACAUGAAAAAAUCUCCAAAACACUUCUCCCUGAAAUUGUAGUGCUGCUUGAGCAGCUGUGGCACACACACGAUCACGCCCUUUUCCGCGCUGUGUUAGAUGUUGUGAGUGCGCUGAAACCUGGCAAUCUAUCAGGGAAGGAGCAGUCGGAGGUAUGGCCGUGGUUGUACCCACGCCUUGUGGACGUAGCUCUUCAGGACCGUACUGAGUCGCGUGAGUUCUGUCUCCGUGUUGUGGGCAUUAUUUUUCACGCCAGCUACAUUCCCCCGCACUGCAUUUCCAUCCUAUUCCCGAUGCUCAUGCAGUUCGUGCAACAGUUCGAUCAACUUGUAGAGGUGCGUGCGCUGUCACUGUGUGUCUCGGUACACAUCGUGUGCGAUCUCAAGGCGGUGCAGCACCUCUCCUCGCUUCUGCAUGCCAUUCGCACCCUCACGCGUCACUGCGAGAUGAGUGAGGACCUUGGCCCACGCCUUUCCACGGCUAUGGUGCGAGACUCGCUCAAGGUGCUCGCUGCCCUCUACCCAAAUGGCAAAGCGACGGUACGUGCGUUGCGUGAGCGGCUGCGUGACGCGGAGGAGGCGGGAAGCCCAGACCCCAUCGACUCGUCCCGCAGUGGCAACGACCUAACUUCAAUGAGCGAGGAAGCGUCGGAGCUGCCGUACCUGCGCCAGUACCGUCAGCAGCACCAACGGGAACUUCGAUGUGGCAACCACUACCUCGACCAGCAAGAUGAUGAAGGCUAUGAGACGUACCCACAGGGGCAGCAGGACAUUACGCUAUUCAUGAAGCAUGUGGAGUUCGGGUUGCGAGCGAAGGACAACAAGUGGCGGGAGUGGUUGGCGGAAUUUCAGAAGAACAUCAUUGUGGUGUCGCCUCACCCAGUGUUCCGCAUGAUGGUGGAUCUCUUCGACAAGCAUGAGCCGUUGCGCCGAAAGCUAUUCCAUCCAUCCUUCAAGUGCUUCUAUGAAUCCCUUAACGCAGAGCACAUGAAGAAGGUGAAUGAGGUGCUCAAUCUUGCCCUUCGAUCAGCCGACAGUGAGGUGGUGUCAAAGUGUCUCGGCCUCGCUGACUACCUCGAUCACAACCCACCAAACAUCAAGGAGCCAGUGCUGUUGCAUCUGCGAAGCCUUGAGAGCAAUGAAACUGGAAUGCGUCCCACCACUCUUCCAUCGUCGUCAGAGCACCAGGGAAAGGUUGUCAGCGAAAACUACAGUUUGGAUUCAUUAUCAGUAUCACUGGGGUCACCAGAUGAAGAGCUGGUAACAAGAGAAGGAACAAUUCUCAUUGAUACAAAGGGCGCCAUUCCAAGCUUCACCAGCAAUGCACAGGGUGUGAGGAGCAGGAGUAAUAAUAACAACAACACCAAUAACAACGGCCUGAUAAGUGCAUUGCUCUCAGGUAAUGAAGAAGUCGAGGGAGACUUCCAUCCAGUGGCGUCCCCCAUAACGGCUAAGCCACGUUCUUCACUAGCCGCGUCGUGCACGCGUGCCCCGCCAAUCCCCAACACUGUGAAUCCACUAUUUGCCACGGAUAGUCUUGUGGAGGCGGCGCAGCGUACGCAUAUGUAUGACAAAGUGAUGAGCUACCUCGAGAACAAGAUGUUGCCUGUUUUCGAGAAGUAUCGCUAUAGGCGCCGUGUACCAAAAGAAGCGGUCCACGCCGUUGUGCUACCACUUGCGUGGAUGUACAGCAAGCGUGAGAUGCAAGACUCUGUCGUUGGUCUCUUCCGCGCUAUCCGGUACAAGAGUGAGGACGAGGAUGGCUUCAGCUACGAACUGUUGCAGUGGUGGGAUGUGGCACAGAGUGUCUAUGCCGCCAAGGUGCGGGACCUCAGUAAGAGCAGCUUGGUGGAUCUAGAAGGAUACGUGCGCACGCUCUGUUUGUGUGGGGAGUGGGAGAAGACGCUGGACUUCGUCAAAGCCGUCUGCCCACAGCUUGCGCAACCAUCGUCGACAAUUGCACAGUCCGGUGCCAUGGCAGCGUGGAUUCUUGGUGAAUGGGGGGACGUACGGCAGCUGACGGAGCGUGUUCCACUCAAGGAGAAGGGCAGCGCUGCACUGCGCCUCUUUUUUCAGAGUGCGGCGUACUUUCACGACGAGUUUUACCAAUUCCGCCGUGACACAGAUGCUGCUCCGCGGGUGGAGUUCCUUCACAACACCAUCACGCGUGCUAAAAUCGAAGUGGAUGAGAGCCUCAAGACGCUUCUUCCGCUCAGCUACGCCCACGCCUAUGAGAAUCUUACGUUGCUUCAACACUUUACUGAAAUGGAGGAGCAAAUUGCGUACGUGAAGUCAGAUUCGGUGAUAUUUCGCGAGCAGUUGGUAGACAGGUGGAAACGGCGAUUCGCCGCACUGAAACCGGACUCGCUGAUGCCUAGUCUGCGCUCACUCAUGGUACACUCCCUCGUGCUGCAGCCCAGUGAGAUGUCAGAGAUGAUUGUGAAUUUUUGUGAGCGCAUGGGAACAAACUACCCGCAGCUCUCUAAAUGGGCCAUGGCGUGGUUGCAGCAGGGACAGUUCCCGCGUGGUAGUCACCAUUACAAGAGCGAUCACAUGAAUCCCGAUGCUCCGCUAAGCUCUGAGCCAUCUGUGGCGAUUGUGUACAUUGGUCAGGUGUGGAGUGAGGGUCGACGACAGGAGGCGGUGCGCAUGAUGGAAAAAUUUCUUGAAGAGACGCGCCCACGCCUUGAGGAGACGCGUCCGCUCUGCUACGGAACUGCCCAACACCGGCUGGGCUCAUGGAAACAGGAUAUGCGCGCGGACUCCUUCUGGAAGAGUGAUCACCGGCAAGAAGUGCUACGGCACUUUCACGAGGCAAUACGCGCGAUGCCAGAAAGCUACGAGGUGUGGCAUAGUUGGGGUCUCAUGAACUAUCGCGUGCAGCAGCGCGAUCACUCCCUCACACCAGAAGAGCAGCACCUGUUUGUGGAAGCCGCGCAUCAGGGUUUUGUUGCAGCCAUUUGCCGCUGUGCAGGACCCUCCACCGCUCUUCCUGGUGUCAUGCGUUUACUGCAUCUAUGGGUUUUCCAUAAUGGCAUGUCGCUGCUAAAAGAGACGGUGGCCGAUAGCGUCUCGCGUAUCCCCACGGAUUACUGGGUGCAGGCUAUCCCGCAGCUGAUUGGCCACCUCAGCAAUAGCAGCCAUGAUGUACGUGAAGUGAUCAGCAUGAUUCUACGACAUCUGUGUGAAGUGCAUUCGCAGGCGGUGGUGUUUCCGCUACUGGUGGUGUUUAUGUCAGACGAUGGUUGUGGUGGUCCGCAGCUGCGCCGGCGUGAGCUUGCGCAGUCGAUAAUCAAGCACCUCCCAAAGCGUAUUCGUGCCGACGCAGAGCUUGUGGCGAAGUUGUUGAUUGACGUCUCUGCAAUUCCGAUUGAGAAGAUACGCGAGAACCUCAGCGCGGUGGCGACGGCAUGGAAUCCCAACGCGGAGUACGAAGAGGACCCGGAGGAGGUGCGGCGGCGGCUUAAGUCAGUGCUCGACAUCUUCAGCGCCCACCGCCGCCACAUGCUCUACACCGUUGGCGAUAUUGGACAGUAUGUGGAGAUGGUGCUCGACGAUGAGAAGCACGGCGACCGCGAGAAGGCAAGCAGUAUCGUUGGCCAGCUGGUGGACGAAAUCACGAAGCACAUUUCGGAAAAGUUGGGCAAGGAGCCACAGAAGGCGAUGGAGCCACUGUUGAAUCUCCGUAACCUCUGUAUUGCGGUGUUUGGCGAGUACGACAUUCAGUACACGAACUUCCCUACCAUUGCGUCGUUUAGCUCCAAGUUGGAUGUGAUUCCGUCCAAGAAACGGCCGCGGCGUAUUCGCCUUAGUGGGUCCAACGGCUGCAUGUAUACGUACUGCCUCAAGGGUAAUGAGGACAUUCGCAUGGAUGAGCGAGUCAUGCAGCUGUUUGGAAUGGUUAAUGUGCUGCUCAGUGAUGCGCACACACCGAGUAGCGCCUUCAUUCGCCGUUUCCCUGUUAUUCCGAUCAGUAACAACGUUGGCCUCCUCGGUUGGGUGGAGCACGCCAACACGAUCAACAACACCAUCUGCAUUCACCGCAGCACAAUCUCAAAGGUGCGCACACACCAAGAAUCCGCUGCGCUGCGCUCCUAUGUGGAAUCCUUCGGCAACUGGGAGAAACUGAGCAUGAUUCAACGCACAGAGGUGCUGGAGUACAUCAUGACGGAGCCGGAAUGCGAGGCUGUGGAUGUUGCACGUGCCAUGUGGCACCGCUCUAACACCGCCGAGCAGUGGCUUGAGCGCCGCACGGCCUACACACAGUCAUUGGCGACCAUGUCGAUGGUGGGCUACGUGAUGGGGCUUGGCGACCGCCACCUUGGCAACAUCCUCCUCUGUAUGUCUACUGGGAAAAUUGUGCACAUUGACUUUGGCGAUAGUUUUGAUGUCGGUCGGCUGCGCCACGUGCUGCCUGAGACGAUCCCGUUCCGCCUCACGCGGAUGCUGACCAACGCGAUGGAGGUGUUCGGCGUCAACGGCGUGUUCCGCGCGUCCUGUAACCGCACCCAGACGAUACUGCACAAGAACCGCGACAGCAUCAUGGCCCUCCUCUCGGCCUUCGUGCACGAUCCCAUUGUGCAGCACAAGGGGAAGAUGAAGAACAUGAUGGAGAAGAGCCGAACCCCGCAGGACAUUGCGGAGCGUAUUCGCAAUAAGCUGCGCGGGACAGAGAUGGCGGUUGAGGAUGAGGACCUGACGAUCUUCAACACGGUGCCAGAGAGUGCGCGUCGGCCGGAUCUGCUGUACAUGUCCAACGCCUUCAACGACGCGGCUCGGCGGCCCCUUGGCAAAUGCCUGACGACGCCACAGCAGGUGUCCAUGCUUAUUGACGAGGCCACGCGUGUGGAGAACUUUGCCGCACUGUACUUUGGCUGGGGUCCACUCUGGUGA